AAUAGGAGAGCGGGAGAGCGUUUAAAGGGAGGCGCGGCGGCGCGGAGCUGCGGUUGGUGCCUUGGCUGGAGACCGGAGCCGGGUCUGUGAGGAGCGGUGCGAGCGGCCGCCCCCCCUCACCGCCGCCCCCAUGGCGAUGCUGCUGCCGCGCCGCGCCGUCACUAGAGGGAUGGAGAAUGCUGGGACUGAACUUAAAAGUAAAGCCAAAACUCGCCCUACUGGCAAAAGGGCUGCUUUGGAAGAAAUUGGAAAUAAAGUUGCAACAAGAGGAACGUAUAUAGCUAAGAAAACGGAAUGCUCCGAAACAUCCAUCAAGCCUACGAAAGGGCCUAGUAAGACAAGUGUAACUCUACUGCCUAAACCUCCAGCUGCUGUGAAUCAGACGUCCAAAGAAACCGGUGUUCCAAAGGUUCCAUCUCCUGUCCCUAUGGAUGUAUGCAUGCAAGAGAAGGACUUGUGCCAAGCCUUCUCUGAUGUGUUGCUCAACAACGUAGAAGACAUCGAUGCUGAGGACUGGGGGAAUCCCCAGCUGUGUAGUGACUAUGUGAAGGAUAUCUAUCUGUACCUGAGGGAGCUUGAGGUGCAGCAAUCGAUCCGCCCGCAUUACCUUGACGGAAAGACGCUCAAUGGGUGUAUGCGUGCACUUUUGGUUGACUGGCUUGUCCAGGUCCACUCAAGACUCAACCUUUUGCAGGAGACACUGUAUAUGUGUGUUGCAGUUCUAGAUCGCUUCUUACAAAGUCAUCCAGUACCUCGUAAGACCCUUCAGCUGGUGGGUGUAACAGCAAUGUUUCUAGCUUCAAAAUACGAAGAGUUGAUGUCUCCGUGCAUAGAAGACUUUGUUUACAUUACUGACAACGCCUACACCAGUGAUGAAGUUAGAGAAAUGGAGGUUAUGAUUCUUAAAGAGUUAAACUUUAGUUUGGGACGACCUCUUCCACUUCACUUUUUAAGAAGAGCAUCAAAAGCUGGGGAGGCUGAUGUUAAGCAACAUACACUAGCAAAAUAUUUCAUGGAGCUGACGCUGAUAGACUAUGACAUGGUUCACCAUCGUCCUUCAGAGAUUGCAGCUGCUGCAUUAUGCUUGUCACAAAAGGUUCUGGGACACGACAAAUGGGGUCCAAAGCAGCAGUACUACACCGGGUAUACGGAAGAGAGUCUUGUGACAACUAUGAAACAUAUGGCCAAGAAUGUGGUCAAAGUAAAUAAGAAGCUAACCAAAUACACUUCUGUAAAGAGCAAGUAUGCAGCUUCUGCACUACUGAAAAUCAGCACAAUCCCUCAACUGAGCGGCGACAUCAUCAGGGACCUGGCUUUGUCACUCUUACAUUAACCCCAGGCAGCGGCAUCCUGCUGGCGUGUGCACUUUUGCCUUCUAAGGCAAAACUACUGCUCUUUGUACGUAGCGUUCCCGCCUUACUACAGAAAUUUUGGACUCAGUUGGAAGGUGAAAUUUUAAACUUGAUUUGUAAAACAACUCUCUACCUAGAAAUAAAGCUCCUCUCUUUCUUUUA